UCAAUUAUUGAUAUAUUUCAUGCUCAAAUAUGUGAUGGAGAUUUUACUAGCAGAAUCUAGUGUCAUCACAACAUACUACUUUAAGUGGUCAACUGGCACAGUUGCCAUUUUUCUUGCUGGCCUUGGUUUGACAGUUCUUCCUAUAAACAUUAUUGUUGGAAGCUAUGUAAGCAACUGGUUUGACGACAGGCAAAUUCUGUUGGCAUCAGAAAUCAUGGUUUUAAUUGGCAUAGUCUCGGCCUUUCAUGUAAUCAUUCCAUACUCUGAGCUGCAGUACAUCUGUUCAGGUCUUCUCAUGUUUGUUUCUGCUGAAGUACUUGAAGGUAACAUUUUACUAGUAAUUUUCUUUUCUAUUUUUGGUAACUGCCGAAAUUGAAAAAGAAAAUUCCGAUUUUAUAAUUGCAAGUGAUAUAUUUGUAAGUUAUCAUUAUAAACAUGUAGUAUAUUUAUUACUGAAUUGCACUUAUGGUGAUAAAAUUAUAGUUGUACAUGCUCUGAACCAACUAAAAUUGUAUGUGUUUCUAUGUCGAGUGAAGAAAGUUAGUGUUGGUACAAAUUUUGUGAAAAAGGAAAAAAGUUUGUGAUGUUGUUGUUUUUGGUGGCUUUAAUGUAACUAGGAGUUUAUAUGCAGGGGCAUCAACAAGAUAACGGAUGGGCAUGUGGAUAUUAUGUCA